ACGCCAGGAAUUGCCAAAAUGACCCGAGGGAAGUGAAGGGCUGUGGAGCAGAAGAGAAUUGGACCACUGUUCCCCACCGAAGCACGUUGCCUCUUUGAGUGCUACUCUGGGCUCCCGUUUGCUAAAUCGGGGAAAGAUGGGCAGCGCAGACUUAGAGGCGCACGUCGGUUAGCCAAAGGGGGCGGCUUUUCCCGGGGCUGCCUGUUGUGGCCCGGAGGGUCAGAUCCGCGCGGCGGGCGGGCUGCCGUGCCCUGCGCCCUGUGGGGCCGAGCCGGACUCUUCCCCCUUUGCGUGCUGGCGUCGCCUGCCUUUCCCCAAGUGCUGGUGGGGCGGGUGUGGAGUUCUCGCCGCUGAGCCUCCGGCUCCCGGUGGGGCGCGGGGGGAAACCAGGUCACCAGCGCCGAGACAGACAAACCGGCUUGGGGAGCGGGGCUGACUCAGGUGGUGUCGGCCGUCAGGCUGGGAAGGGGAAAGGCAAGGCGGGACGUCCCCGUGCGUUCUUGCCGCUUGGAUCCUCAGGAGCAGCAGCCCGGGCAGAAAACGGCGGCGGCAGCGGCAACAACCCUUGAUCCCCGCUGCGGGUCUGUUGGCGCAUGCAGGAGUUUCCAGUACUUCAGCUUUCUGAUCAAAAAUGUAAGAAGAGCCCUGCUGGAUCAGACCAGAGGCCCAUCUUGUCCAGUAUCCUGUUCCCCCAGUGGUCAACCAGAUGCCUGUGGGAAGCAAACACACAAGACAGGAACACAACACCACUCUUCUCUGGUAUUCAACUGGUAUUCAGAGGCAUAUUGCCUCUGAAACUUAAGGUGAUACAUGGCCAUGGUAACCAGCAGCCUCUGAUAGCUUUAUCCUCCAUGAAUUUUAAAGCCAUUCAAGUUGUUGACCGUUAACUACAUCUUGUGGCAGCAAAUUCUGGAGUUUAACUACAUGCUGUGAAGAGGUACCUAUUUUUGUCUGUUCUGAAUCUACCAACAUUCAGCUUCACUGGAUGACCCCAGGUUCUAUUAUUAGGUGAUACUGGUGAAAAAGGAACGAGAAUGACUACUUUUUGUUGAUUCCCAGCAGCAUGUCAGAUGUGAGCCACCCUGAGAGGACUUGUCCUAAUGGCAGCAAAGAAAUACUGGAAAUUAAUGAAUUAACUGGGUACAUACCCAGUUACUUAGACAAGGACGAACUAUGUGUUGUUUGUGGUGACAAAGCCACUGGAUAUCACUAUCGCUGUAUUACUUGUGAAGGUUGCAAGGGUUUUUUCCGAAGAACUAUUCAGAAAAACCUUCAUCCAACUUACUCCUGUAAAUAUGAAGGAAAAUGUGUGAUAGACAAAGUCACAAGAAACCAGUGCCAGGAAUGUCGCUUCAAGAAAUGCAUCUAUGUUGGCAUGGCAACAGAUUUGGUGUUGGAUGACAGCAAGCGGCUAGCAAAAAGAAAACUAAUUGAGGAAAAUCGAGAGAAGAGACGUCGGGAAGAGUUGCAGAAGACAAUUGGAAUGAAACCUGAGCCCACAGAUGAAGAGUGGGAGCUUAUCAAAAUUGUUACUGAAGCACAUGUGGCCACCAAUGCACAAGGAAGCCAUUGGAAACAGAAAAGGAAAUUUCUGGUUAGCCCAGCUAUAGAAAUAGCCUUUGGCCAUUCUCAGCUUUCUAUGAAGACUAACUGUUCCACUAGCAAACAACAGCAACAAACUAUAGCAAAGCCAGAGGAUAUUGGACAAGCACCAAUAGUAAAUGCCCCAGAAGGCGGGAAAGUAGAUUUAGAAGCCUUCAGCCAGUUUACAAAAAUUAUCACACCAGCAAUCACAAGAGUGGUGGAUUUUGCUAAAAAGUUGCCUAUGUUCUGUGAGCUGCCAUGUGAAGACCAGAUAAUCCUUUUGAAAGGCUGUUGUAUGGAGAUUAUGUCCCUCAGAGCAGCAGUUCGCUAUGACCCUGAGAGCGAGACUUUGACACUAAAUGGGGAGAUGGCAGUGACAAGGGGUCAACUGAAAAAUGGAGGUCUUGGAGUAGUAUCAGAUGCCAUUUUUGACCUGGGCAUGUCACUGUCAUCAUUCAGCCUAGAUGACACGGAAGUCGCCCUUCUUCAGGCUGUACUGCUGAUGUCUUCAGAUCGCCCGGGUCUCGUCAGCGUCGAGAGAAUAGAAAAGUGUCAAGAGGGUUUCCUCCUGGCAUUUGAACACUACAUUAAUUACAGAAAGCAUCACAUUGCACAUUUUUGGCCAAAACUGCUGAUGAAAGUGACAGAUCUACGAAUGAUCGGCGCCUGCCAUGCUAGCCGCUUCCUGCACAUGAAGGUGGAAUGCCCAACAGAACUCUUUCCCCCUUUGUUCCUGGAAGUUUUUGAGGAUUAAAAAGACUGGAGAGGUUCUCAGAAAUCCUA